UUUUUUUAUUAUUGUUCUCUAGGUAGCACAGAGCUGACAGGCAGCACCAACCUCAUCACACACUACAACCUGGAACAUGCCUAUAAUAAAUUCUGUGGAAAGAAGGUGAAGGAGAAGCUAAGUAAUUUCCUACCUGACCUGCCAGGGAUGAUUGAUCUGCCUGGCUCCCAUGAUAACAGCAGCCUCCGCUCCCUCAUUGAGAAGCCCCCCAUUCUUGGUGGCUCUUUUAAUCCUAUCACAGGGACCAUGAUGUCUGGCUUCCGCCUCCACACUGGCCCGUUGCCAGAGCAGUGUCGUCUGAUGCACAUUCAGCCACCCAAGAAGAGUAAACAUAAGCACAAACAGAGCCGUACCCAGGAUCCUGUCCCCCCAGAAACACCAUCUGAUUCAGAUCACAAGAAGAAGAAAAAGAAAAAAGAAGAGGAUCCUGAACGGAAAAAGAAGAAGAAAGAGAAGAAGAAAAAGAAGAACCGACACAGUCCAGACCACCCAGGUAUGGGCAGCUCUCAAGCCAGCAGCAGCAGUAGCCUCCGCUAACAGGAUCACUGGACUCUGCCAGGAUGGCUUUUCCUGCUGUAUUGAACCUGCUGACAAAAGCUGUUUACCAGGUUCUUGGACACUGCCUUGGAGGCUCCCAGCAGCUGGUACAGGAGCAAGCUCCUGCUGUGCUUGAUUAAGAUCAAUGUACAUUAGGAGAAAGAAGGGCCAUGAUUUGUAAGGGUAGCCUAGUUGGUUUUCUCACAGACAUUUCUUCCUCUCCCAGGAAGCUUUCUAUUUCUUUUUUCUUUUGUGCAGUUUGUCUGAUACCAGGACUUGAUUUGUCAGUUUUUCUUUAAAAAAAAAAUUGUUUUUGCAUUUAUCAAACUG